UUGAAAUGUUUGCUAGUUGAACAAUCUCAAUAGUUAUUUUAAUUUGGUUGUCGAUAAAGCAAUUCGGAUGUGAUUAUUUAGCGUCAUACAACUUAAUUAUUACCAAUUUUACCAACGGCCAGUUGCCUUGUUACUGUUCAACCUGUCUAUUGCGUAGUGCUAGAUUGCUAACUUUGAUAAUGCUAGCUGGAAUGCUAUAGGGCGCAUGCUUUUACAGUCGGGUAAAGUCGAGCAAGUUACGACGUUAUGCAGCCAAGAUGACCAGUUUGUCAAACGUGUAAAGGUAAUGACCGACGAUAGCGUGUUCUCCGGGUAGUCCGGCUGCUGCAGUGUACCGUUAUUGGCGUUUAUCCUUUGCUACGUGAUAUCACGAUUGCUGUCGAUAUGUUUCAGUCUGUGCCUAGGCGUCGUAUUUGUGAGGUUGGUAUGAAUGCCAUAAGGCUUCAAAAGACUUCUGCGUUCAGAGCGAAUAUCAGCAAGGGCAGUGGAGAGCCUGAAGGGGCCGCAUGGUUGGGCAGAGGUAUGGGCCUGCUGUUGUCACUUCUCCAGAGAGCAGGUCAGACGCGUCAGAUCGCUGGGUCGGGCAGAAAGAAACAAGGCUUGCUCUCCAUACUCGCCAACCAUUGUAGCUUUGUGACAGGUCAGAGGCUCCGGCGUGCAUAUCAGAUUGGCGAGCUUUACUCCAAUUUGUACUCUGAGCGUACCAGGUGGACCCUAGUUGGGAGCAUAUGGCGUAGACUGCAGAACAAACACGCCCCUACGGGCAAACUUGUUGCCGCCGUGGUUGGUGUCUUCAUGUGGGAGAACGAAAAGAUCCAAGAUGAAGAAAUUCGCAGGUGUGGACUUGAGAUGAAAGCACUGGAAACCGUAAAGAAGAUCAGCACAACUUCAGGGACAGCGACGGGUCAGAUGGAGUCUGGCUGGGAAAUUGUGAUAGAAAAGAAGGACUUCAAAGUGUGGAAGCGGCCUGUCCAGGGCAGUCACCUGUAUGAAUAUAGAGUGUUGGGCUCCUACAAUGAUGUCACUCCAAGACAGUUCUUCAAUGUUCAGUUGGAUACAGAAUACAGAAAGAAGUGGGAUUCUCUGGUGAUCAAGCUUGAGGUGGUGGAUAGAGACGCUUACACAGGCUCUGAGAUUGUGCACUGGGCUACACAUUUUCCUUAUCCCAUGUAUUCAAGAGACUAUGUGUAUGUGCGCCGCUAUGAUGUUGAUUUGGAAAACAACCUGAUGAUCUUGGUAUCCAGAGCUGUUCAGCAUCCUCGAGUCCCAGAGACUCAGGAGUUUGUGAGAGUUCAAUCAUACCAGUCAAAGAUGGUAAUACGUCCUCACAAAUCCUUUGAUGAGAAUGGUUUUGAUUACUUGCUGACUUACAGUGACGACCCACAGACUGUUUUUCCUCGCUAUUGUGUGAGCUGGAUGGUGUCAAGUGGUAUGCCAGACUUUCUGGACAAGCUGCAUGCUGCUGCCUUGAGGGCCAAGAACCUGGAAGUGGGGAUCUAUGACUAUGCAGGUGUCAUAAAGAGCAGUGACACUAAUCGCCAACCUAGCCAGGACUGCCUUACUGGGGACAACACGCGCACAGGCGGUUCUGGGCAAAUCUACGCUUGAGACUGAGAUCACAUAGAAAAGUGUGGUAGCUUGUUUUUUUUUUUUUUUUUUUUUUAAAUCACCUGCACCCGAACACAAUAAAACUCUUCUGCCCCACACUUAGUUUAUGCCAGGUUUAUAAACACAUUGCGAUACUUCAUGGAGAGCAUCAAAUGGAAGUCGCAAUCAGCAUCGAAAGGUUGGACGUAGUUGUCAAUACUCAGACAUGGCUAUAUGGGUCACAGAUAAGAUAUUGUGCGAACAAUGAACUAUGUUGUUAAUUGCUUUUUGUCCAUAGAGAAAAGAUAACAUAGCCAGGAAGCUCUCAUUCAGAUUACUGACUUUGCCACUGUUUUAACUUGGCCAACUAAUGUUCUGUGGGGGAAGUAUUCCUUUGCCUCCUUUUGAUAAUUCACAUACUGCAGCAACUAGUGAAACUGAGCCAAAUUAUCCUUAUUGUAGAGAUCCUCUUGCCAAAGUACUGUUUCUCUCUACGUUUCCUGUCUUGUCUCAUCAACACCUCAAUGUCUGUCACUUUCUGACUCUAAAACCUGUCUCCAUUCAGACCCCUGUGCUAUUGUCUUUCUGAGUUAAGCUAGUGAUUGCUAGAGUGGCAGUAGUCUUGCCAUGAUGGGAAAGAUAUACAGCAAUCACGGUGAUGGGCUGCUGACCAAGAAUCUAGCCAAAACGUUAAAAAUGCACCCUUGUUCAGCUGAUGACAAGGACAUGGCUUCAUUUCUCUCCCUUGAAUUGACUUCAAGCCAACGGUUUCCUAAUUUGCUUGCAGUGGGAACACAGUAAUAGAGCUGUGUAUGACAAAAUGUGAUUGAUAACAAAAUGAGUACAUUUGCACAGCGUAGUGGCCUGGCGGUCUAUUCCAUAGCCUACCAACAUGGGGAUCGGUGGUUCGAAUCCCCGUGUUACCUCCGGCUUGAUCAGGCACUCCUACAGACACAAUUGGCCGUGUCUGUGGGAGGGAAACUGGAUGUGGGUAUGUGUCCUGGUCGCUGCACUAGCGCCUCCUCUGGUCAGCCGGGGCACCUGUUUGGGGGGGGAGUGUAGUGUGAUCCUCCCACGUGCUACGUCCCCCUGGCGAAACUCCUCACUGUCAGGUGAAAAGAAGCGGCUGGCGACUUCACAUGUAUCGGAAGAGGCAUGUGGUAGUCUGCAGCCCUCCCCGGAUCGGCAGAGGGGGUGGAGUAGUGACCAGGAUGGCUCGGAAGAGUAGCCAGAUAUAAUUUGGGAGAAAAGGUUGGGGGGGGGGGUUGCAAAGCAUAAUGAGAACGUUAAUCUACAAAAUUGGAGCUUGAAGAUACAGUGGUUUCUUUGGGUGUUUCAUGACUUGGAAACAAGUGUUUUGCUCUCGGUGCAGCCCAGGUUUCACACUCUCCGUCCAACAUGCUGUCUGUCUGUCUGUCUGAGUGUUUGAAACUGCCAGGGUGCAUCAGUAGCCUUCUGAAGAUAAUGAGUUCUUCACUGUUGGACUUAGUGUCUUAUGACAACCACAUAAUCCUCAGAUACAAUGGUACUAAUGUGUUUUUUAUUAUCCUAACGAAGCAUCAAGCCCCUCACCAGUUUAUGAACCAGUUCCCUUAUCAGAUAAACUUGCAGCACUUGUGCCACCUCAUGAUUCACCUAUUUUAUUUUAGUUCAAAACAUAUCCCACUUCAUGAUUCACCUAUUUUAUUUUGGUUCAAAACAUACCUGUAAUGAAAUGGAUAAAUAACCAUUUUUGUGACAGACUGAAUAAAAUGUUGCAUUAGAA